AUGGCAAAAAUUAUAUCCAAAAGGCAAGGAGUAGGAAGAGUAAUAUCAAGAAUCCAAAAGGCAAAAGGUGCAAGCAUAAUGCCCCAUGUGUUUGUAGCUCACAUAGCAGUAAAGUGGAUAUUAAAAAAGAAGGGAUUUGAUGCAUCAGUAUUAAUAGCAUCAAGAGAGCGCAAUAAGGCAGAGAGGGAUGCAGAAAUAAACCUUUCUUUGCCAGGAGAUGGUUAUGAUGUCUUCUUUCGAGCCAAGAGAGCUAUGGAGUUGCAAUGCCCUGGCAGUGUCUCGUGUGCUGAUGUUAUGGCCAUUGCGACUAGAGAGUUAGUUAACUUGGUGGGAGGUCAAAAAGGGGAGAAGGGAUGGGCUAAUUUCCAAGGCUUCAAGGGUGGAUGGCAACCUUCCUCAAGUAAACCAAAGGUCUAUCUACCCUUGACAUGCCCCAGGUUUGCCUUGGCCUCCACAUACAAUACAAAGGGUGGUCUAAGCUAUGAUUUUUACGCUGAAACUUGCCCGAAUGUUGAACGGAUCAUCUUUAAAGCAGUUGCUGACAAGUUUUCAGAAGCUCCUGAGUCUGCUGCUGGUGCUCUAAGAAUCUUCUCCCGUGACUGCUUUGCUGAGACUGCUAUUAACACUAUCUUAGGGUUUUUCACGGAGGGUUGUGAUGCAUCACUGCUCAUAGCGUCAAGCCACAACCUAAAAGUAGAAAGAGAUGCAGAAACAAACCUGUCAUUAUCUGGAAUCGGUUUUGACAUGUUCUUUAGAGCCAAGACAGCUGUUGAAUCACAUUGUCCAAGAGUGGUUCUUGUGCAGAUGUCAUGGCAAUUGUCGCGAGAGAUACGGUUACAAUGGUUUGAAGUGCAAAAGGCAAUAAGAUAUGGUCUUGCCUAUGAGGCUUCAAGAGUGGCCGGCAACAUUCCUGGGGAGAAUGACGCUCUCUCUCAAGUAAUCUCUCUCUUCAACUCCAAAGGGUUAUCUAUCCUUGACAUGUUGGCCUUAUCAGGAGCUCACUCUGUCGGCACCUCUCACUGCAAGGAUUUCUUGUGCAGAAUUUCUGGCUUCAACAAAAUGAUCCAAGACAAUGCCUAUUACCGUAAUCUUCAGAGGGGCUUUGGCUUGCUAACAACAGAUCAGGAAUCGGCUUUGGACCCAAGAACUCAGGUUCAUCUGAAUAUAAUGGUCAAAGAUCAAGAGACUUACAGUCUCGUUGAGGAUCAAAAAGAUGUUCAACAAACAAAAACUGUCCCACUCUACAAGAAACCAGCGUCAGCUUUACCACCUGAUGUAGUAAUGACAAUCUAA